UCUGGCACUCUCACUCAGAAAAAAUUUAUUGGCGUCGUUGCACGUGUUUAUUUUGCCAUUUUAUUAACAACAACAUUUUGCAAAACUUUAAAAGGAAUCCAUUAAUUGUAAAACAUGGUGAAAGUACAAAAACCUACACCCAAAUCUUUCAGUAAGAUUGGUAAUAUGGAUAAAAUUAAAAAGAAGAAGUCUGAGGGCGCAGGUAGGAUAAAAAAAGAUGCCGCAAUCGAUACUGUAAAAAAAACGGAAAAAAAAAUUUUGUUAGAGAAAACAGUUAAAGAGGAAAAAUUAAUAGCGCCAAUAAAAAAGGACAAAGCAAAGUUGAAAUUGGAAAAAUCUAGUAAAAAGGAAAAUAACUUGGUAGCAACUUUGCCGGCUACAAAAAAAAUUAAACAAAAAAAAGACGUCCAGCUUGAGAAAAAAAAAGCAACAAAGCCGUUAGUGUUAGCACCCCCAGAAUCACCUAAGCCCACCGUACCAAUACCUAAUGCAAACGAUAAGAGUAAGAAAGCAAAGAAAAAUGCAGAGAAAGCUACCCCGGCAACAACAACAACAUUGCCCAGUAAGCAAAAGAAAACGCAAAAAAAAUCCAAACAAUCUGCAAAUAAACAACCUCCUUUAACCAAAAUGCAGCAAAAGAAAAAAUCUAAACGCGCUUUCAAGAAACAACAACUUAAAGCUAAAAUCGAGGGAAAAGUUAAGAAAGAGAAGAAACCGAUUCCACACAAUUUUGAUCCCGUACCAUUUGAUGAAGAAAAAUUUAAAUCCAUCGUCACUACUGCUAAUAUUAAAAAAAUUGCCAAGGCACUUAAGGCUGAAGUCGAAGAGGAAGUAGCCAAAAAGAAAACUUCUAUAUUCAGUGAUUAUCGUUACAUGCUAAAUGUGUCCAGUUUUAAGAUACCAAACUGUCCUAAACGUAUGGUUAAAUUGAGUCUAAAACAUUCGCUAGUUGACAAAGAUGACGAUGUCGUUAUUAUAGUGACAGACGUACAACGUGGCGCCAAAGCUGACUACGAAACCACCAUACAACACUAUGAGGAUUUGUUCCGAGAAGCCGGUAUUGAGAACUUAAAAAUUAUGCCAUUCAACCAACUACGCAAGGAGUUCAAAACAUUCGAGACUGUACGCAAAUUCAGCAACACUUAUGACUACUUUUUGUGUGAUGGACGUAUCGUGGGACACGUUAACGGCUUUUGCGGAAAGAUCUUCCAAAAGCCACGCACCACAUUUCAUGCUGUGCGCGUAGAGACUGCUAAAAAUCUUAAAUUAGAAAUUGAUCGCGCAUUACGCCGUACAGCUUACAAGCAGCUAAAUAAAGGUGAUAUGAUUUCCAUACCAGUCGGUAAUCACAAAUAUACAAUGACACAGCUAGCCGAAAACGUUGAAUAUGUCAUCGAUCAACUUAAGGAAUUAUAUCCUGGAGGCUACCCAAACAUACGUAAUAUGAACCUAAAAAUUGACAUUACUGGUACAUCAUCUCUUCCUAUUUACGUAAGCAUGGGUGAAGUACCACCAGAAACGCCCAAUGUAAUCGGGCCACGUGAACAACGUAUGCUUGGAAUGAAGAAGAAAGUUAAUGAUAUACUUACCAAGUUUAACUUGAAUAAAUAUGGUGAAAUGACAAAACUUAAUAAAACGCAAGAAGAACGAAAGCGUAAAUUAAAGGAAUCAUUAAUUGAACUGACAACGAAAUCUGAAGAAAUUCCAGAACAGCCCCAAGAUGAAGAUGGUGAAGAAACAGUAGUUCCAGCCAAAAAAGCUAAGAAAGAAGACAAACCCGCCAGGGACUUAAAGAAGGAUGAUAAAAAAGAAGAUGAAGAUGAGGAAGAUGAUGAUGAAGAUGCAGAGCAUGAUGCUGAAAAUGAAGGUGAAGAUGAGGAAGAAGAUGAUGAUGAGGAAGAUAUUGAAGAUGAUGAUGAUGACGAUGAGGAAGAUGGCGGUAGCAGUGAAACGGGUGAAGAUGAUGAUGAGGACAAUGAAGACGAUGAGGAUGAUGACGAAAAUGAAGAAGAUGAUGAUGAAGAGGGUGAAGGCGAUGAUGGCGAUGAAAGCGAUUAAGCAAACACAUUUUAAAAUUUUUAAUAUUUAAGAUUUUAUAUUAAACUUACAAUUUGUACGCUUAAAUAUCGAGUAAUCAUAUAAACUUUUAUUCUCAUCAAAAAUAA